AUGAGGGUCUACUUGCACAGUCGGCACGUCGGCGAUUUCAAGGUGGGACAGGAGGUGAAGUUCCAGGCGUAUCUGCACAAUGGCCGGCUCCAAGGCAGAGAUUUGCAGGAUGCCACUGGGAUGGUUGGGCCGCAGACAGGCGCUGCCCCUGGUGUCAGCGAAGAACAAGAGUUGGGAGUCUUUGUUGGAAGAGUUAAGAACUACAAUUAUGACAAAGGCUUUGGAUUUAUUGUAUGCGAAGCACUGAACAUGCAGGGCUACCAGGGAGAUGUGUUUCUCCAUUCAAAGCACAAAGGGAACUUUGACACGGGCGACGAGGUUGCCUUCAUGGCGGUCUUGAGGAAUGGCAAGCUUCAAGGCCGCGACCUCCAGGCUGCCAGCACUGUGCUGGGCGAGAUGGGCAUGACGAGCAACAUGUCGCCUUCCGGCAUGAUGGGCGGCGGCAUGGGAGGCGGCAGCAUGGGAGGCGGCGGCAUGGGAGGUGGCGGCAUGGGAGGUGGCGGUAUGGGCAUGGGAGGCAUGGGCGGCAUGGGCGGCAUGGGCGGCAUGGGCGGCAUGGGCGGCAUGGGCGGCAUGGGCGGCAUGGGCAUGGAUGGCGGCACGGGCAUGCUGGGCGACAUGGAUCCCAGUGCGAAGAGAGCCAGAAUGUACUGA